GCCAAUUGCAGCAUCCACAAGAGAAUUCAAAGGGUGCGGAUGGUUGUAUUCCAGCAGGGGGGGACAAAAGAGUCACUUUUCCUAACCGCGUGCGGUUCACAACAAGUCCUUCACAUUCAGUUUCUUCUGUGCGUAAAAGUCGCAAGCACCGGAGCACGGCGGGAUGACUUUUAGCUGUUCUGUGGAACUCCUCUUUUUAACGUGACUCGGAGUUUGAAUUCCAGGAUGUUUGUUUCACACGAUUCGACAGGUGGAUGUGGAAGUGAAAAGCGAGGGGGAAAAGUGGAAUAUGUGUUUUGCAGCUGCGCGAAAGUGGCGUUCAUGGAGACUGCGGAUUGGAACAUGUUGCCUUAGAAGUCCACUGGAGAUCAAGUGUACCAGGAUCACUCAAGAAUGCCAGGAGUCGACACGUGGAUUGUCAGGGAUGUGGUACUGUUUUUACUUCUCUUGGAGGCUGUGAGGUGUCAACACGCCGCACAUCACAGAAAGGUCCCCCAGAGGGCAGGGCCCCUGCUAGUCUCUGAAGCAGACAGUGGAGGAAUCCAAGGGUCCUGGGGUUCCUGGGGGCCCUGGUCGGCCUGUUCCCUGACAUGUGGAGGUGGCGUGCAGGAGCAGAGUAGACCAUGUCUGAAGGUCUACCUUCCCCUGCGUCCAGGCCUCGUCAUCUCAGCCUUGAGGCCUUCAGUUUCCAUCUAUCAGGAUGGCAGCCGUCAUGAAGGCAAUAGGAGACCAUCUGGUGGACGCAGGAGGAUCAGUGCCAUCGUCCCGGGCAGGUACGGCUAUGGAAGAGCUCCGUCGCAGGCUUCCGGAAGUGUCCGGCAGUUUCAACCUGACAGACAGAGACGGUCCGCUGUCCCCCUUCACGAUGGCUUCCGGUCCCACCACGGACCUCACACGGAGAGCCACUGGGCGCCCCUCUACCAGCCGGGCCAGAUGGAGUUUCCCUCGAGCGGGCAGGGUUCCCGAUCCCAGGAGCCGCAGCAACAACUGGAGCGACCCUACCAACCUCUCCCGGCUUCGUCUUGUGCGGGAGAAGUCAGUCGCCACAGAAUCUGCGAGCGUGAGGCUUGUCCCGCAUCCAGCAAACCCAUCAGAGCGGCUCAGUGUGCCACACACGACAAGAAGCCUUUCAUGGGUAGACUGUAUGGUUGGGAGCCUUUCAGCGAAGUUGCGGGAGACCAGGACUGCGAGCUCAACUGUCGAGCUGCCGGCUUUAGGUUCUACGUGCGACUAUCUGACAAGGUGAUUGAUGGCACGCCAUGCGGACCCAACAAUUCUUCUGUGUGUGUAGCAGGAAAGUGCACGAAUCCAGGCUGUGAUGGCUUCCUGGGCUCCGGGAAGGUGAUGGACAAGUGCGGCGUGUGCGGCGGUGACAACGCUACCUGCCGACUCGUUUCGGGAGUCUUCCGCCACUCUCUGACCAAGAUCGGCUACCAUAAGAUCGCUGAGAUUCCACCAGGAGCCACCAAGAUCAACGUCACGGAGAUGGCCAAGAGCCGCAAUUACCUUGCACUCCAAAGCCGCUCUGGUCGGUCCAUCGUCAAUGGCAACUGGGCUAUUGACCGGCCGGGCAAGUAUGAGGGCGGGGGCACUAUGUUCACUUACCGCCGACCCAAUGAGAUCAGCAGCACUGCUGGGGAGUCCCUCCUUGCCGAAGGGCCCACCAAUGAGAUCCUGGACAUUUAUUUGAUCUUCCAGCAGCCCAACCCAGGGGUUCACUACGAAUACGUGGUCGCCUCUGAGUCACCGCAAGGUAAACAAGACCCUCAGAGCGAGCAGCAAGUGGGGCACGACGAUUCCCAGCGGGCGAACUACGACCCGGCCGGCGAGGGGAGGUACCCGCCUCAUCGUCACGACAACCAGCCGCCACGCCGCCAACGGGAAUACGGCUGGAAGAUGGCCGGCACCGGCGAGUGCAGCGCCUCCUGUGGUAAAGGUUUCAGGUAUCCCAUCUUCCACUGCAUACACCGGCUGAAGCAGAUCCAGGUCCAGGACGCUUUGUGCGAUGACAGCAGUAAACCAGUGCCGCAGGAGGAAGCGUGCAACCUGCAAGCCUGUCCUGCAUUCUGGGACAUCGGUGAGUGGUCGGAGUGCAGCAAGACGUGCGGUCUGGGCACGCAACAGCGUCAGAUCCUGUGUCGCCAAACCUACGCCAACCGCACCCACAAUGUGCACGUCAGCCGCUGCGGGCACCUGCAGCGGCCCGAGACCUCCGGCACCUGCCAGACCAAGAUCUGCAGCGAGUGGCACAUCCGCUCAGAAUGGAGUGCCUGCUCGGUGCCAUGCGGACUGGGCCAGAGGUGGCGGGACGUCCGCUGCGUGAGCAACAUCGGCGACAACGUCCCCGACACGGAGUGUAACAUGAACCUGAGGCCGGCCCAUGUGGAGAACUGCGACAUGGGCGCCUGCGCCAAGAGCUGGUUCUACACAGACUGGGGCACCAAGUGUUCUGCUGAGUGCGGGAUGGGCGUACGAACGCGAGAUGUCUUGUGCUUGACCAAUCACAUCAGCAGCCUCCCUCUGGAGGGUUGCGGCAGCGAGCGACCUCCCGACUCUCAAGUGUGCGACACGGGCCCUUGCGACAAUGCCAUUGAGUGGUUCACCGGCCCCUGGAGCCAGUGUUCCGCAGAGUGCGGUGUGGGCAAGCAGGAGCGGGCGGUGGUGUGUCUCAUGAGGUCCCGAGACACGGUUGCCGUGGCGCCCCAGUACGAGUGCUCGUCGCUGGAAAGACCGCUUAGCCAGCAGAGCUGCAACGUGAAAGCGUGCGGAGCAAAGUGGUACUACACGGAAUGGAGCGCUUGCUCCAAAACAUGCGAGCGAGGAUUCCGUGUGCGUGAGGUGCGCUGUCUUUCCGAAGAUAUGCAGUCCAGCACCAGCUGUGAGGAGCGGCUCAAACCGGCCGAACGGGAAGACUGCAACCCCGAACCUUGUGUAUCUCAAAUCGACCAGCACUGCAAAGACGAGUACUUCAACUGCAACGUGGUGGUCCAGGCCCGCCUGUGCGUCUACGACUACUACAAGAAGACCUGCUGCGCAUCCUGCUCUCGCCACCCCCACAGACACUCCGUGGUCCACAAGGGGCGCAGCUAACACUCAUCGGGACAGGAAGUAAAAACAUUUGCAUGCGGCAAACAAUGAAAAUCCACUCAACAGAUGGCACCAAGUUGAGGAAAUGGCCUCUGUUAAUCUAUUCAAAAGUUCUGUCCACAUUUGUCGGGUGCGUUCUUUAAGACCUUUUGCGGUCUGGGUCCUUCGAAGGCUCCUGCUCGUGUAGCUUGCGUGGACCGCAUGAACUGUGGCGAAUUAGGCCUAGCCAAGAAGAAGAACGCCGUAGAAGAAAAGCAGAGCAAUGUAGACUACAAAAGUGUGCUUCGAAGCAAGCCUCAGGGCCCGUCUCCAUUGUGAAUUCGGACACUGGUGUGUGGUCGAGGCGCGUAGGAAAUUAUGCCUUUGACGGCUAUCCAAAUUCGUAGGCUGUGUAGCCUACAAAUUUGCAU